UCCUCUCCCCCACCCCUGGUGAAAACUGCGGGCUUGGUGCAGGGUGCAGCAACUGGAGGCGGCAGCAUCGCGUCCCGAGGAGGGUGCAGCGGCAGAGGACAGGGUCCAGAUCCAGGACAGACCUUUUGGCACCAUGAACCCAGCCAUCGGCAUCGCCCUCCUGCUGGCAGUCUUGCAGGUGUCCCGAGGGCAGAAAGUGACUAGCCUAACAGCCUGCCUGGUGAACCAGAACCUUCGUCUGGACUGCCGCCAUGAGAAUACCACCACUCUGCCUGUCCAGUACGAGUUCAGCCUGACCCGUGAGAAAAAGAAGCAUGUGCUCUUUGGCACUAUGGGGGUGCCUGAGCACGCAUACCGCUCCCGGACCAACCUGACCAGCAAUUACAACAUCAAGGUUCUCUACUUAGCCAACUUCACCUACAAGGACGAGGGGACCUACACGUGCGAACUCCGCAUCUCUGGCCAGCCAUCCGCCCCCAACUAUAGGAAUGUCUCUGUGAUCAGAGACAAACUGGUCAAGUGUGAAGGCAUAAGCCUGCUGGCGCAGAAUACCUCGUGGCUGUUGCUGCUCCUGCUCUCGCUCUCCCUCCUCCAGGCCACAGAUUUCAUUUCCCUGUAACUGGAUGGGCCCAUGGAGGACACAGGAAGCCUCAAGGCCCAGUGCAGAGAUCCUGCUUCUCUGAGCUGGCUCACCCCUUCCCCAAACCCCUACACAUACUGGGGAGAAAAACAGACCCCAUUCCCAAUGAAGAACCCCAGUGCUGCAUGCAAUCAUCUACCCACAUCCCCCUCUCUGCACACCUCUGGCUGUCUUUUUGUACUCUGUCCCAGAGCUGCUUCUACCUGUUUUAUUUAGGGGUUAUCCUUCCUUUUCUUUGGGAGUGUGACAAGGAAAGCCAGGACAGGGGAUCUGACAGGGAGUGAGGGUAUGUGAUGGGGAGUGGAGUGGGGGUUGAACCUGAGGGAUGAUCAUCCUUGUCCACUGGGACCAGAAGCCUGGGAGGAGGAGGAAGUGGGUGUGUCUGGGCCUAGCCCAGAUGUACUCUGUGCUGAGACCUCCAGACCCCAGGUGUGAGGGCGCCACGAGCGUGUGAGACAUGUCACAUGAAGGUGAGAAGUGAGUGUCUCCAGGAGCAUUCUCAGCCACAGCAGAAAACUCCCUCCGGCUACUAUAGAAGUCCCCUAGGGCCUUGGGCCAGGGGUGCUGCCCACUGAGGAUACAGACUCAGCGGGAAGCAGCAGCACUAAUACAAGAUUGGCGGGGAGAUAGUGAGGGUCUAUCAGCUGGCUGUCCCCACCUAAGGAAGCUGAAAAUGUGAGCCUGCUGUCCUUCACUGCAGCACCACCAGUUGAGAGUGACAGCAGGAGACAGUGCCCCCAGCUGUCCCAGGCUCCCAAAAGCUCUGUCCCACAGACUCAAAGUCAGUGGGAUACCCAGAGCCCCACAGAAUUUGCAUCAAUUUUCCAAGGGAAGUUCUUGCUCACCCAUCACUCCCAGCCUCUGCCGGCUGGGCCCCAAGCCUCAAAACAGCCACUGCCUCCCAGGCCUAUCUCCUCAGAGACUUCAGGGGGCCUGAGGCAGGCCUUGAGUGACACCCCAGGUGGCACACUCCUUGGGAGAUAGUGUUUUCCAAUACCCAGCCCCCCCACCCCUGGCGGCUCUGCCUGUCCUGUGACUGUGUGUAGUGCCACCACAGCUACUGGCAUCUCAUUGAGGAAAAAGAAAACUGCACAAUAAAACUCGGCCUCUGGAGUCUA